UUAAUCGUAAUAUUUGCAGACAGACCUUGGCCCCACAGUAGACUGUCAUAAAGAUACUAAGAAUUAUUGACUCCUUUCUGUUUGUUGUCCUGAAACUGAUUACUAAACUAAUUUUCUAAUUAUGGCUGCAGUCAUGGGAAGGACUCAGGUAAAGAUAAAGGGUGUAGGCAGAUCAGUCAUUGUACCCGGUGACCCGAUAGCCAGGCUCAUGUACUACUUUGAUUGUGUUUGCACUUGCGUUGAACCCGAUAGUGACUACACUAUACGUCGCCUCAGAGAUUAUCGAAAUUAUCAUCGAUUGACCGGUGAAGAAGAGGCCCAGCUUAUAGUCCUCUGUCUUGCUCUCAGUCCUGAUAACUUGGUUGGAUCAGUAUUUCAUCAAGUGAAUGAUUGUGGAUCAUAUGCAAACGAGUUUGUUGAGAUAAGUGCUCUCGAAACAAACCUUGUUGUAACUGACUCUCUCCUCAUUGGAGGACAGCAGAAAAAGGUGCAAAAAGUCAUGUUUUUCGAGAAGAAUUGGUUGGACAACAACUUCACUGAGCCUCUUAAAGCAGUGCAGAGGAGACUCAACCGUCCACCUCAACAUCAUAUUGAGCCUUCCAAACGUCAUUACAGCCUAGUCAGGCUGUGCCUGACCCUCACAAUACUAAUUACAGCCCUCCUGCUCGCUGUAGUGAAAGCAGUUCCUGCACUAUACUCUUAAGAAUGAACCAUUGAACUAUUAGCAAGAGUUGCUAUUAGUAAUACUACAUUACCUUUUAGUAUGUAGGAGUGCAGGCCUAAUUUAGUUAGUAUUGUGUGGUCACUGUAGUUAUUUCGUGUGUAGGCCUAGGCCGGGUUGUUGACAGGAACAAGUAGACUAUAUGUAGCCUUUACAUAGUCUAUUGAUAGUAAACUUUUGGCUUGAUGCCGAAUAGUGUCGCCAUUGUUAUGAUUAUUAUGGAGCUCUGUAGAUAUACUUAGUAUUGCUAUUAUUCAUUUGAAAUAAAGUUUUAAUGGAUGUCAAAAUUGUAUAAUGCAAUGUGCACAAUAACAGAGACACAAAUACAUAAUUUUUGACAUUAAUAUUUGUAGAACUAAUGGAUCAAAUAUAAUACAAGCAUGUUUGCCUUAUGAUGCAUUCUAAUUUCAGUAAUAUACCUAAGUAGAUCUAAGUUUAUAGAAUUCCUUACUGUACAUACAUUAUUCACUAUUACAACAUGAACGUUAUCGCAUGAUAGGCAAAACAGCUUUUGUGAGUGUAGAAAUUGAAUGGCAUCAUCAGUUGAAAGUCAGGAGAAGACAGAAAUACAUGUCAAUGGGGAACAGUUAAAGUCUCUGUACCCAAUGGUCCCUUAGCAACCUUCAUGUAUACUACUUCAACACUGUCUCCAGCUGCUUUGAGUUAGCUAGUCAAAUAUUUAGCUGAUUCUUUAAGUCGUCUCAGAGAUUUUAAAAAUUAUUCUCAACUGACACGUGACAAAGAGGUCCAACUAAUACAUUACUGUGCUACCAAUGAUCCCGAGAGCAUAACUGAAAUUAUUAUUAUGGAAUUAUAGAAUUGUCAUGUACUGUGU